AUGUCUUCCGACCCGUUUCAAAAGCCACAAAAGGAUUUUACUGAGACUUUAAAUGAACAAUUCGUUCAAAUUGAUGAGUUGAUCAAAUCAAACUAUAGGGAAGCACUUGAUAAAUUGCUUUUACUAGAGAAGCAAACCAGGCAAGCUUCCGACGGUGCUUCCUCUCAAAGAAUCAUGGUGAAACUUGUUGGUGCAUUGGUUGAAAACAAGGAUUGGGAAUUACUGAACGAACAGAUCACUUUAUUAUCCAAGAAACAUGGUCAAUUGAAGGAUUCUAUUCAAGUUUUAAUCCAAGAAGUUCUCAAAAACCUUGAUAAAAUAACUGAUCUAGAUACAAAAAUUAAUACAAUUGAAACCAUCAGGGUCGUGACUGAGAACAAAAUUUUUGUUGAAAUUGAAAGGGCCCAUGCCACCAAGAUUUUGAGUGAUAUACUACUGAAGGAAAAGAACAAUUUAGAUAAAGCAUGUGAAGUAUUGUCCGAAUUACAAGUUGAGACAUAUGCUUCAAUGGAAUUGGAAGAUAAAAUCAGCUUUAUUCUUGAUCAGAUAACCUUAAAUAAUAUGAAGGGAGAUUUCCAAUUUUCCAAGAUACUUUCAAGAAAGAUCCUAGUUAGAACCUUGGAGAAAUUUGCAAAUUUGAAGUUUAGAUACUACGAACUUGUUAAUGAGAUUGCCCUAUUUGAAGAUGACUAUGAAAAUGUUGUCAAGUAUAAUAUGAAUAUCUACAGUAUUCCAAAGGUUCAAGGCAAUCUCGAGUUAUCAUUGAAGUAUUUGAAAACGGUUGCAAUUUUUGUUGUUUUGACACCAUUUUCUAACUUACAGAAUGAUCUAAUAUCUAGGGUUGUCAUUGACAAAAAUCUAUCCAAGUUGCCUAUUGAGGAAGAGCUAAUCAAAAUCUUUACAACAAAGGAAUUAAUUAGUUGGAAGAGCUUAGAAUCAAGUCUUGUUUCCAAACUAUUGAGCGAGGAAGUUUUUGAUCAGGAGACAGAAAAGGGGAAGCUUCAUCUUUCAGACUUGAAAAAGAGAGUUACAGAAUUCAAUUUAAGAGUGAUUUCAAUUUAUUAUUCGACUAUUAAACUUGAUAGAUUAUGUGAAUUGUUAGAGUUGGAUCAACUUCAAACCGAAAAUUAUAUAAUUGAACUAGUUAAUAAAGGUGAUUUAUAUGCAAAGAUCAAUAGGCCAUUCAAAGUUGUUACAUUUAUAAAGCCAAAAACAGAAAAUGAAUUGUUGAAUGAAUGGAGCAGUGAUAUUGAUAGAUUGCUAGAAAGUGUUGAAACAGUCGAACAUUUGAUCAAUAAAGAAGAAAUGAUUCAUGGCAAAUAG